GCAGUCGCACGUCACGUAAAUGGCAAAGUUAUAUCGGUCUACAACACUGGUGGAAAAAUUCAUGAAAAACUUUCACAAAACAAAAAUUACGGAUCAUCAAGACGACGAUUAACGAGCGUUAAAAAAAGUAGGAAACAGUGCAUCGAUUUACUCCCGCUGAUAUCACGAUAUUUGUUGAUCAAUUGAGGUGUAAUAAAAGGGUUUUUGUGCUGUCGUGGACAAGGAUGGCGACUUGACCCCACGAAUAAUGGAACACUGUGCUCAACGAUUACUGAGUUGAGAUUUUCUCAAAAAGGUGAUUUGGUGAAAGACGAGAUGGCAGAAGUAGACCCUGAGACGCUUCUGGAAUGGCUCUCGAUGGGUCAGGGGGACGAGCGGGAUAUGCAGCUGAUUGCCCUGGAGCAGCUGUGCAUGCUCCUGCUGAUGUCGGACAACGUGGACCGGUGCUUUGAGAUAUGUCCCCCGAGAACAUUUCUCCCAGCGUUGUGCAAGAUAUUUCUCGACGAGCACGCUCCCGACAGUGUCCUCGAGGUGACAGCCAGAGCUAUUACGUAUUAUCUGGAUGUAUCAGCAGAAUGCACUCGCAGGGUUGUUGCCAUGGAGGGAGCAGUUAAGGCGAUAUGUGGACGCCUAUCAGGUGCAGGUUUGGGAUCAAGGGCGAGUAGAGAUCUCGCUGAACAGUGCAUCAAGGUCCUUGAACUUGUUUGCGCCAGAGAGGCAGGUGCUGUUUUCGAAGCAGGUGGACUGCCCUGCGCUUUGUGCUUUAUCAGGGAGCAUGGUGCAAGGGUUCAUCGAGACACUCUGCACUCUGCCAUGGCUGUUGUAUCGAGAUUGUGUGGAAAAGUCGAGCCCCAGGACAAGGCACUGCCUGAUUGCGUCGAGGCGCUCUCUACUCUGCUCAGGCAUGAGGAUGCACAUGUGGCUGAUGGGGCUCUCAGGUGCUUUGCCUCCUUGGCUGAUAGAUUUUCAAGGAGAGGAACUGAUCCCGCCCCUCUAGCUUCUAAUGGAUUAGUCUCGGAAUUACUGUACAGAUUAUCAAACGCCGCUGGACCGGGCACCUCUGUGACAGCGACAUCCAGUAAUCCAAAAACUCCACCGCCCUCAAGUACAUCCUCAACGAUGCCAACAGCAGAGCCAAAGUCCUGUGCCUCUGUCUCAACGAUAAUCAGUCUUUUAUCAACUCUCUGCCGAGGCUCUCCAUCAAUAACUCACGAUCUCCUGCGUUCAGAACUCCCUGAUGCCAUUGAAAAAGCUCUCAAAGGAGACGAACGUUGUGCCCUGGAUUCCAUGAGGCUAGUUGAUCUUCUGCUGGUAUUAUUGUUCGAGGGAAGAUCUGCUCUUGGAAGGGGAACGGCUGGAGGACCCUCUGGCCCCCUUCUCACAAGACUCAGGAGAUUAGACAGUGCCGGGGAAAAAUCACAUCGACAGUUAAUUGAUUGCAUAAGAUCGAAAGACACAGAUGCCCUUAUCGAGGCGAUCGACUCCGGCGGGAUCGAGGUGAACUUCAUGGAUGAUGUGGGACAGACUCUGCUUAACUGGGCGUCAGCCUUUGGAACCCAGGAGAUGGUGGAGUUUCUCUGUGAUCGAGGGGCUGACGUGAACAAGGGCCAGAGAUCUUCGAGUCUGCACUAUGCCGCUUGCUUUGGUAGGCCAGCAAUAGCCAAAGUACUCUUGAGGCACGGAGCUAAUCCCGAUCUCAGGGAUGAGGAUGGCAAGACACCUCUUGACAAAGCUAGGGAGAGAUCGGACGAGGGUCACAGGGAAGUGGCAGCUAUUCUACAGAGUCCAGGGGAGUGGAUGCUGCCUCCUAACCAGGAACACAGGAAGAUCGACACUGAAGUUGAGGAGCUCACUGAGCCCAAGGGGGAUCCCGAGAUGGCACCUGUCUACUUGAGGAGACUAUUGCCUGUCUUUUGUGCUACAUUUCAGAGCACGAUGCUACCCAGUGUGAGAAAGGCCAGUCUCAGUCUCAUCAGGAAGAUGGUGCAUUAUAUUCAGGCUGAACUAUUGGUGGAAACGUGUGGUGCUGAUAAAACCGCUGGCUGUGGUGCCAUGCUCGUCGAGGUCAUUGCCAAUGUCUUGGAUAAUGAGGAAGUUGAGAUUAAGUCAACGCCACCACCGCCUCCGCCUCUCAAGUCGAUCGGCCCCAAAUUGCCCUGCCUUACGUCUCGCAAGAAUACCAGUUCCCAGUACUACAUUAUCGAUAAAACGGAGGACGAGGAUGGCCAUCUGAUAGUCCUGCAGAUGAUCCAGGACUUGAUGAUGAAAGGAAAAGACGAAUUCCUUGAGCAUUUCGCAAGGCUCGGAGUGUUCUCGAAAGUGGCUGCUCUGGCUGGCCCUCAGGAGCCAACUCCAGAGCCAGAAGCCGAUUCAACUCAGUCUGGAGAGGAGCACAGGCUAGAGGAUGCCAGAGAAUUGCUCGUUGGGAGGGCCUAUCACUGGCGAGACUGGUGCAUCUGUCGAGGACGUGAUUGUCUGUAUGUGUGGAGCGAUGCUGCAGCUCUGGAGCUCUCCAAUGGGAGCAAUGGAUGGUUCAGAUUCAUUCUGGAUGGAAAGUUAGCGACGAUGUACUCCAGUGGAAGCCCCGAGGGUGGUACCGACACCACUGGAAAAGGACGAAACACUGAAUCUCUCACUACUGAAGAGAAUCGAGGCGAGUUCUUGGAGAAGCUGCAGCGUGCACGGAGUCAAGUAAAACCAAAUUCAGUGAGUCAACCCGUUUUGUCGCGACCUGGUGCCGCUCGAUUGGUCGUGGGUAACUGGGCAUUGUCCUCACGGAAAGAGGGAGAAUUGUGUAUUCAUAAUAGUGAUGGUCAGCAGCAGGCUACGAUACUCAGGGAGGAUUUGCCAGGAUUUAUUUUCGAGUCCAAUAGAGGAACUAAACAUUCAUUCACCGCUGAAACUAGUUUAGGUCCAGACUUUGCAGCAGGAUGGGCAGGUAAACGAGGAAAACGCCUCCGUUCAAAGAUUGAAGCGAUAAAGCAAAAAGUAAAAACCCAAGCUCAAGAGAUAUACGAGAAUUACUUCAAGGCAGCUCAGGCCCAACCACGCGGUGUUGUCGCCAAAUUGGCAGCGAUUGUCUCCCAAGUGGACAAAGCCUGUCAGAAACAACUUUCAGGGAACCGUGAGUGGCGCUCAGUCCUGCAGACAGCUCUGGAGGAGUUGAAAGCUCUCCUCAAUGAAGAAGGGCGAGUCUCAGCUUAUGAAUUGCAUUCCAGUGGCCUGAUUCAGGCCCUUCUCGCCCUCCUGGCAGGUCCAUCUGCCCCUCAGACCCCAUCAGUCCGUGCGACAAAACUCAGACUCCAGAGAAUCGCUGUCUUCAAGACAUGCUUCAGAUCUAAGGACACGAACGAUGGUAAUUCAGCAAAAAUUCUCGUCCAAAAGCUCGUCUCGGUUCUCGAAUCCAUCGAAAAACUUCCAGUUUAUCUUUAUGACACACCUGGAUCUGGCUAUGGGCUGCAGAUUCUCACCAGGAGGCUGAGGUUUCGUCUGGAAAAGGCACCUGGUGAAAGUGCACUCAUUGACAGAUCUGGUAGGAGUUUGAAAAUGGAACCACUUAGUACGAUUCAACAGCUCGAGAAUCAUCUGCUGAAGAUGAUUGCUAAGCAGUGGCACGAUCAUGACAGAUCGACAUUUACAUUCGUGAAGAAGUUGAAGGAAGGAAACAGAAUGAAUUUUCAGUAUCAAAAUGAUUUCGAUGAGAAUGGGGUACUCUACUGGAUUGGUACAAACGCAAAGUCAGCACCUGAGUGGGUAAAUCCGGGGCAGUAUGGGCUAGUGGUAGUGACAUCGAGUGAUGGGAGGAGUCUGCCUUAUGGACACCUCGAAGAUAUUCUCAGCAGGGAUCAAAAUGCCCUGAAUUGUCAUACCAAUGACGAUAAGAGGGCUUGGUUCUCCAUUGAUCUUGGGGUGUGGCUGAUACCCAGUGCCUACACUCUUAGGCAUGCCAGAGGUUAUGGCAGAAGUGCCCUGAGAAAUUGGAUGUUCCAGGUGUCGAAGGAUGGAAUAAAUUGGACGACUUUGUAUACACACGUGGAUGAUUGUAGUUUGAAUGAGCCUGGAAGCACUGCAACGUGGACACUUGAGGCCCCUGCUGAGGAGACUCAGGGCUGGAGGCAUCUCAGGCUCCAGCAGACGGGAAAAAAUGCGUCUGGCCAGACGCAUUAUCUGUCGGUUUCUGGGCUGGAGGUGUAUGGAGAAGUCACUGGUGUUUGUGAGGAUUUGGGUAGAGCAGCUCGUGAAGCUGAAGCUGGGGUUAGAAAACAGAGGAGAUUGAUUAGAACUCAGGUGCUUCGACAUUUAGUUGCUGGUGCUAGGGUGGCCAGGGGUCUUGAUUGGAAGUGGAAGGAUCAGGAUGGUAAUCCACCGGGGGAGGGAUCUAUCACUGGGGAUUUGCACAAUGGAUGGAUUGACGUUACCUGGGAUCACGGUGGAUCGAAUUCAUAUAGAAUGGGAGCUGAGGGGAAAUUUGAUCUGAGAUUAGUGGGAACGAGUUUCGAUGCUGAACCUGGUAAAAGUAAGAAUGGAUCUGGUAUAUUGACUGGGAGAAAAUCGAGCUCUACGCCUAGUCUACCUGAUUGCACUGAUGUCAGUAUGAGGGGAUCAGUGGCAUCGACUGAUCAGGCUGCCAGUGCUGAUAAUCUGGCUGCUAAGCAGGCCGCUGAGUCCAUUGCUGAGAGUGUAUUGUCUGUGGCGAGGGCUGAGGCUGUUGUCGCUGUCACUGGGGAAGGGGGAUCGAGUAAUACAACCGGGGAACUCAGUGUUGUACUUCAUCCUAGACCUGAGACCACUGUCAGUAGUGAUUUGGCUACUAUUGUUGAGAGUUUAGCUUUGAACACUGACUGCUCUGGAAAUAGUAAUAGUAAUAGGGCAUCCAGCAGCUCCAAGCCACUGUAUACUACUGUUCGAGGAAAUAAGCCGGCUAGCGGUUUGUUGAGUUUGGAGGCAGUCGAGGUGCUUGAUCGUCUUCGCGAAGGUGCUGACAGACUCCGUAACAACACUAACAGUUUCUUGAGUGGAGAGUUGCUCGGUUUAGUGCCUGUUAGGAUCUCAGUGUCUGGUGAGAGUGAGGAUAAUUCACUCAGAAUCCGCCCAGUGCCAAAGCACAAUCCGACAGCUCAAGAUGCCACUAAGGAGUGCAGUCGAGACAAGGAGGCUAGUUCAUCCUCUCAGAAUCCAGCUGGAGGAUGUCCAGUUGUGGUAACCAAUCCCAUGUCCGUCUCAGUGCCCAAUCUUGCGUGUUCCGAUGCUAAUAACACACUGGAGCCAGCAGCUGCCACCGGUUUACUAGAGACUUUUGCUGCUAUGGCCCGAAGACGAACUCUAGGACCUGCUGGUGGUCAGCACAUUGCGCCAAAUUCAAAUACAGGAUCAAAUCCACGUGGACCAAACUCGGUGUCGAGUCUCGUCAGGUUAGCUCUUAGUUCAAAUUUUCCUGGUGGUUUGCUGAGCACUGCACAGAGUUAUCCAAGUUUAACGAGCAGUGGACAGGUGGCUGGCAGUGGUGUCACUACAACCACUGGUGCUGGUCUUGGACAGGCACUGACAAUGUCCCUCACAAGUACCAGCAGUGAUAGUGAACAGUUGUGGCUCCAGGUGAGUCUAGAGGACUUUUUGGAAUCCUGCGGAGGAGUGGCAGGCUCGAGUGUCUCUGGUGUUCGAACAGCAGGAGGUGUUCCUACACUUCUCGGGGAGCUGGAGGAUGAUGAGGAUGGGGUGCUGGCUGAGGAGGAGGACGACAACGAAGAGAACGAUCACGAAGAGGACGACGAGGAGAACGAGGAGGAGGGAGAGGGUGGUGAGGGUGAUUACGAGGAAGUAAUGGUCUCCAGGAAUCUCCUGGCUGCCUUUAUGGAGGAGGAAACUCCACAGACGUCUAAGAGACGAGCCUGGGACGAUGAAUUCGUUCUCAAACGACAGUUCUCUGCCCUCAUUCCAGCCUUCGAUCCGCGUCCAGGUCGAACAAACAUCAACCAAACGACAGACCUCGAAGUGCCACCACCAGGAAGCGAUCCUCAAUCGAGCACACGAGUAGGUGCCCCAACAAUGCCACGUUUAUCGUUGUCCCUGAAGGGUCCGGGACUCCCUGAAAUUCCAGAUGUAGAGUUGUCCCUCUCUGAUCCCCACUCGAGUAUAUUCCAAGCAGUCCAGGAGCUGAUGCAGCUAACAGAGUUGGGCACACGCCAGGAAAAACUCCGUAGAAUCUGGGAGCCAACGUACACGAUAAUUUAUAAAGAAUCCAAGGACGAGGAGUCAUCGGGUCGUGCGACCCCCAUCGUUACCCUCUACUCAGGUAAACCCACUCAGAACACCAAUGCCUGCACUGUGGAAGAUGUCCUGCAGCUAUUGCGCCACGUGUACGUGAUCUCAACGUCCCGAGACGAGAAGAAAUACGAGAGCCUAAACGAGGAUCUGGAAUCCUGCUGGGUGCACCCGGACGACUUCACCUCCAAGAAGAUCACCAACAAAAUAGUCCAGCAGAUUCAGGAUCCCUUGGCUCUGGCUGCUGGAGCCCUUCCCACCUGGUGCGAGGAAUUAGCCAGAAGUUGUCCAUUCUUACUCCCCUUCGAGACACGUCGUCUCUACUUCUCCUGCACUGCCUUCGGUGCAUCCAGAUCAAUUGUUUGGCUGCAAACCCAGCGUGACGCUGUUCUGGAGCGUCAACGUGCACCAGGACUUUCACCACGACGUGACGAUAGCCAUGAAUUUCGUGUCGGUCGUCUUAAGCACGAACGUGUGUCAGUUCCAAGAGGUGAUAAACUCCUGGAUUGGGCUGAGCAGGUCCUCAAAGUUCACUCCAGCCGGAAGAGCAUCCUGGAGGUGGAGUUCGUUGGAGAAGAAGGCACUGGUCUCGGUCCCACCCUCGAGUUCUUUGCCCUGGUGGCAGCUGAAUUGCAGAGAAAGGAUUUAGGCUUGUGGCUGUGCGACGAUGAGGAUCCUCAUCAAACAAUGUCCUGUCCCUCUGACGAACACGUCAGACCCCCUGGCUACUACGUAACACGUCCUAGUGGACUCUUUCCAGCUCCCCUGCCCCAGGACUCGGAGGAUUGCAACAAAGCUGUUAAAUACUUCUGGUUCCUCGGUGUUUUUCUCGCCAAAGUCCUCCAGGACAAUAGACUCGUUGAUUUACCUCUCUCGAGGAGCUUUUUGAAGCUCAUGUGUCGGGGAGAUAUUACGAAUAAUGUUAAUGAGAGAAUUGGACUCACUGGAGUGACACAGGAGAGUAUGUCAAGCAGUAUGGCAAGUAGUUUUAUCUCUGAAGAGGGGGAGGAGGGCUGCAGCCUAUUGGAGCCUAGUCCCUGGUGGGAUGGUAUUCUCGAUGUUGAGGAUCUAGUGAUGGUUGAUCCUGUUAGGGGUGAAUUUAUUAAGCAGGUGCACAUGUUGAGUGUCAAGAGGGAGAGGACAAUGAGUGAGGGGGGUGGGGAGGAGGAUCCCAUGAGGAUCCAGCAUCCGUCCGGUACUUCGGUGCCCAUUGAGGAGCUCGGUUUGACCAUGACGUAUUCACCGGGAUCGAGAGUCUUUGGACAUGAGGUUGUGGAGCUUAUCGAGGAUGGAGGUGAAGUUGGAGUUACCAUGGAAAACGCAAGGGAGUAUGCAGAGAUGACCGUCAAGUACUGCUUGGAUGGUGGAAUUGCUAGACAACUAGAAGCCUUCAGAAGUGGAUUUUCAAAGGUCUUUCCCAUGGAGAAACUUCAUGCUUUCAGUCCGGAGGAGAUCAGGGCGAUGCUCUGUGGGGAGCAGAAUCCAGAGUGGAGUAGGGAGGAUUUGCUGAAUUACACCGAACCUAAGCUGGGGUAUACCAGGGAAAGUCCUGGCUUCCAGCGUUUUGUCAACGUUCUCCUAUCCCUCACUGGAGCCGAAAGGAAAGCCUUCCUCCAGUUUGCAACAGGCUGUUCAGCCCUCCCUCCAGGUGGCCUCUGCAACCUCCACCCAAGACUGACUGUUGUGCGAAAAGUCGAUGCUGGCUCUGGCGGUUAUCCAUCCGUCAACACCUGUGUGCAUUACCUCAAAUUACCAGAAUACCCCACCGAGGAUAUCCUUAAGGAAAGACUACUGGCUGCAACACGAGAGAGAGGUUUUCACCUGAAUUAAAUGGCAAUUAUUGUAGUAAAUAUGAAAAUUUAAUUUCAUUUAUUCUGAGGGGAUAAAUGUGUCAGGAACAUGAUGCAUUCAAAUCAAUGUGCGACGUAAUUGUUACGGCCUUCGAUGUUCAAAUUAUCAGAAUGAUCAUGAGAAUUUAAUGAUUGUAAUAUUGAAGUUAUCGAGAACUAUUUCAACGUGACUCAGUAAUACAGACACUGGACAAUGGCUAGUGGAUAAUAUGGCACAUCUAGAUGUGAAAUCUUCAAAAACCAUUUUUCAAACUUGUAGUUUCAUUGCGUUUUGGAAAUUUUCCAGGGAAUUUAUGAAUUUUAGUAGAUGCUUGUCGAAUACCAUUGCGGCUCUCUCAUAUUUUUUUCAUUGGAAUGAAGCUCGAGGGCUAAAUGGCGAGAGCAUUUGUCUGUGUGUGUAUUGCCUCGUGAAUUUUUUUUGUAGGUGAAUUUUCUGUUCUGUUGCAUUCGGUGGAGAGUGGAGCAUGUGGUGAGAUUAUCUGGUUAAGGGGCUUAUGAGACAAUUUUGUGAGAGAUAAAUCCAUAAUUAUAGAGAAAUUCACUGCUUUCAAAAAUAA